AUGCCUGAAGAUCCAAAUAUACGAAUUCCAUUCGGGUUAAACCUUCUGGCUGGUGGUUUAGCAGGAUGCGUUGCGAAGACUACUAUCGCUCCUCUUGACCGAGCCAAAAUCAACUUUCAGUCUACUUGUAUGCGGUUUAAUGUUCGUAGUCUCAUCGAAUUUCUUAAAGAUACCUACAGUAAACAUGGUUUCUUAUGUCUAUGGCGUGGCAAUACAGCAACACUCGCCAGAAUUUUUCCCUAUGCUGCUAUUCAGUAUUCGGCUCAUGAACACUACAAAUACCUACUCGGAAUCCAUUUAGUUGAACAUUCAGAGUUACCACAUUUGCAACUGCGACGGUUUCUUGCGGGUACGGGGGCUGGGACAACGUCAGUUAUCUGCACGUAUCCACUUGAUGUUGCUAGAGCACGUAUGGCCGUCACAACUUCUUCCAGAUAUUCUAGUCUAUUUCAUGCUAUUCGAACAAUUUAUACGGAAGAGGGAAUAUACUCACUGUAUCGUGGUUUUUCUCCUGCUCUGCUCGGUAUUAUACCUUAUGCUGGGACAGCGUUUUUCACUUUCGAAACACUGAAAGAAAAUCGUCUAGACAGACAAAUGCAUCUCACUGGUGUGCGGCCUAAGAAGUUACGUCCAAUAGAAAAUUUGUGUUGCGGUGCAGUAGCGGGUAUUUUAGGACAGACUGCAUCAUACCCAUUGGAUAUUGUUCGGCGACGAAUGCAAACAGCAAAUAUUACAGGUCAUCCAGAAUAUACAGAAAGUGUAUAUAAAACAUUGCGGUUUGUGUAUCGAGAUGAAGGUCUAAUUCAUGGUCUUUACAAAGGUUUAUCAGUUAACUGGAUCAAAGGUCCGAUUGCUUCAGGGAUUAGUUUCACAGUCUAUCACCAACUUCAACACUAUUUCCGCCAACUAAUAAAUGACUGAUCAUUGCAGUAGAUUUUAAAUUCAUUUUAGCAACACUGUAGACAUAUAUGUAUGAACUAAACUUGGUCUUUCCCAUUGCAUAUUACGUAUUUUUCUGCUUUCUUGUUUUUUAAAUAAAUUUUCGUACUGCAAUUCGUCAACUUGAUCACACUUGCUGAUGAAGAUUUUAUCCUAGCAAAAGUGCAUUUGAUGCUAACUGCCUUAUUGUUUGUUGUUACUUACUUACUUACUUAGAUUAUUUGUAUUAUUGUGCUUUGUUAGCCAAAUCGAAUGUAACCACAUUCUUCAUCAACUGUUUAUUCUUUUCUAUUACCUUAUUUUUCCAAAAACGUAUCAUUAUUAUUUUUCUUUUGUAAAAAAUCAGUUACAAACACCUAUGCUCAUUGUCUAUUGUCGUCUUUCUAUCCUGUUUUCACAAUGCUCGCUUGAAACUGUUACCUGUUUUACCUACUGUUUUGCUUUUGUGUUUGUCGCACAAGUAGUUUGAUUCCCUGAAGAAGAAAAAAAGAAGUGAAG